AUGAGUGAUUUAGAUUAAUGGAUUGCUAAAUUAAAGAAUUGCCAAUUUCUAACCGAGUAGGAAGUGAUUUCGUUGUGUACUAAAGCAAAAGAAAUUCUCAUCUCAGAAAGCAACGUCGAAAUUGUUCACACUCCAGUCACUGUUUGUGGCGAUAUUCACGGAUAAUUUCAUGAUCUGAUUGAGUUAUUUAAAGUGGGAGGAGAUUGUCCUGACACUAAUUAUCUUUUUUUGGGGGAUUUGGUUGACCGCGGAUUCAAUAGUGUAGAAACCUUUCUUUUAUUAUUGGCAUUCAAAGUUCGUUUUCCAGAUAGAAUCACCAUAAUAAGAGGAAAUCAUGAGUCAAGAUAAACAACCUAAGUUUAUGGAUUCUAUGAUGAAUGCCAACGUAAAUAUGGUUCUGCAAAUAUUUGGAGGCAUUGCACAGAUGUUUUUGAUUAUCUGACGAUUAGUGCAGUCAUAGAAAAUAGAGUAUUUUGUGUACAUGGAGGAUUAUCUCCAAAUAUAGUUGAAAUUGAUGAUGUCAAAUCUUUGGAUAGAAAGUAAGAAGUUCCUCAUGAAGGAGCAAUGUGCGAUCUUUUAUGGAGUGAUCCUGAAGACAUCAUUGGCUGGGGAGUGUCCCCCAGAGGAGCUGGAUAUAUAUUUGGAGGAGAUAUUACUAAAGAAUUCAAUAGGACUAAUAAUUACGAUUUUAUAUGUCGCGCUCAUUAACUUGUAUUAGAAGGAUAUAAAACAAUGUUUGAUGAUUAACUGAUAACAGUCUGGAGUGCUCCAAAUUACUGUUAUCGCGUAGGAAAUUAAGCUUCAAUAUUGGAGUUAGAUGAUAAUCUAGAAAAAAAAUUCAAAAUUUUCUUAGCAGCUAAUGUGGAAUAACGAGGAUUGAUUGGAAGACAUCCUGUACCUGAUUAUUUUCUGUGA